AUGAUGACUGAAGGCAACUUGUCAACUCUCGAGCAAUUAGUUCAAAUUUUAGAACAGACUCGGGGAAUCCACAUAGACGUUCCAAAUGCGUUGGUAAUAUUUUCAUUCGGGCUUUUAGAGGCGUCCCAUUCCACCCUAAAUGCCCUCCAAAACUUAGAGUAUAUCUCCACAGUCCUUCGCACCGAUCAUACGAAGCAACGGGAGGCCGAUGUUCUGACCGAUGUCAUUGGUAUUUGCUAUCAGCCAGCCAUGCUGGGGGGCCUAGGAAUAUACAAGCAUGAUCCUCUGACAGUACAACAACAAUCGGAAAUCUUGUUCCUUGUGGAUGCGUGGCUGGAAUCACUCAAUUCGGCCGACCGAGAAAAGUCAAUCCCUUGCCUUCUAACACAAAGGCCGGAAGGGCGCCGAGGAAUGACCAUGAGCGAAAAGAUAUUUGCGAUGCAUGAUUUAAAUCACGAAGGGGUUGUGGCUCCAGGCGACAUAAUUCGUGUUCAUGUCGAUUGGGUACUUGCCUCCGAGGUGUCUUGGGCAGGAAUGGAAAUGACCUAUAAUCAGCUAGGAAAGCCCGGAAUAUUUCGAAACGAUCGCUUCUGGCUUUCUGGAGACCAUGUUGUUGAUCCCAGGGUUAACGAACUACCUCAAGUGCAGGCACUGAUCAGUAUAAGCGAGAGAGCGAAGAAAACCUUCAAAAUGACGGAAUACCAAGGCAUGAAUUACACUAUUCUCCACACUGAGUUCUAUCGAGAGCGCGCGCAGCCCGGAAUGCUGGUUGUCGGCUCGGACUCACACACAUGUUCAUCAGGGGCAGUAGGUUGUCUCGCAAUUGGACUGGGUGCUGCGGAUACCACUUUACCAUUGGUAACAGGAGAAACGUGGUUCAAAGUCCCAGAGACCGUCAAUAUACGCCUGAUUGGAGCACCGAAGCCAGGUAUUGGGGGUAAAGAUAUCAUCUUGUAUAUCUUGCAAGUGCUUAAACGGAAUACUAUAGCAUCUGAUAGAAUCGUGGAGUUCACAGGCCCAGCACUCAGACAUUUGUCUCUUGAUACCCGAUUCGCAAUUUCAAACAUGACCACGGAACUUGGUGGAAUUACUGGCUUAUUUAUGCCUGAUGAAACCACCCACCAGUUCAUUAGUACGCGAAAACUUGCUCGCCACAAAUGCCAUGCAACGUACUUCAGGCCCGAUACCGAUGCGGAGUAUGCCGCAGUUCAUGAGAUCGACCUCACGAACGUGGGGUCUUUUAUCGCACGUUAUCCCAAGCCGGAUGACGUGGUUCCAGUGACAGAAGAAGAGGGAAUGGAAUUGAAUGGAUGUUUUAUCGGGGCAUGCACUACCACGGAGGAAGAUCUGAUCCUCGGUGCUCUAGUAAUGGAGCAAGCAAUGAAAAGAGGAUUAAAGCCUACCGGAAAGGGGAAGAGAAAGAUUGUUGCCGGUUCAAUGCCAAUACUGUAUCGCUUACGCGAACUGGGGUUAUGCGAUAUAUACGAAGACGCAGGAUUUGAGAUAGGCAUCCCUGGGUGCAGUUAUUGUGUCGGAAUGUCAGCCGACCAGGCCGUCCAAGGAGAGGUCUGGAUUUCCUCUCAGAAUCGCAAUUUCGAAAACCGAAUGGGCAAAGGUAAUGAGCAUUCUUCAAUGCCAUGGAAUAGUCGAUUGAGACCACAUGAUUUAGGUUCGAUUGGUCAUCUCGCCUCUGCAGCCACUGUUGCAGCAUCAUCAUUUGAAAUGAAGCUAGUCGAUCCUAGUGAUCUGCUUGCUGGGAUCGAUUUAAGCCGAUGGGACCAGCUCAGACCGGCAAGCAAACACUUUGGCGCAACUAACCCAAAGAGCGACGUGACAUAUUUUGAGCCAUGUGGUUGUGGUGAUUAUCCUAGUGCCUCGGCGCAGACCCAGAAACGAAGAGAGAAAAGGCGGCUAGAUAAAGAGGGAGAAAAACAGACUAAAAGAGUUCAAGGCAAAGUGCAGAGACUGGGCGAUUUCAUCGACACGGAUGCACUGGCCCCUGCUGAGUUUCUGAUUGGCAUGAAAAAUAACGCAGACGCUGGCAUGUGCUGUCUGGUGCAUACGCAUCCAAUAUUCCGUGAACGAGCCCGGCAGGGUUUCAAUGUUGUUGUUGGUGGUAAGGGUUUUGGUUGCGGGUCUUCACGCGAACAAGCAGUGAUGGCAUUAUUAGGCAAGUCAAGUCCGACAAUCUCACAGAAAACCGAAUCCGAGAUUUUUGACCACGGGUUUCUUUUAGGAUGCGGUGUUCAAUGUGUCAUAGCCAAAUCGUUUGCGUUCAUCUUCCAACGAAACAUGCCAAGCCUCGGGCUCCUAGGCAUCACAAUGGAAGAUGAGUCCUUCUUUCAACUUGCGAAUGGUGGAGUGUCAAUUUCCAUCGAUUUAAAUUCACGAAUUAUUGAAGUCGCUGGAAAGACGUUUGGAUUCAAACUCAGUCAAAUGGAAAGCGAAAUCUUCCAAUUUGGUGGGAUUGCUUCGGCUUUUGGGCUGUUCGGAAACAAGCUGCUUCAGACAAUAACCCCAACCAAAUCCCCUCCAGGGCCAAAAGAUGUGACAGUACAACAGCUGGAUAAACGAUUGCAGUGGUAA